AUGACAGAGGAGCGUGAACCCCUAAGAAGUCAAACCUUCACAGGGGAGAACAUCUGGAGGAUCCGCGGCUGGGAGAGUGAGUGUUUGCAAGAAGAGAGAGAGCGAGCUUGCCGACAAACAGAAAUCAGCAUCUGUGACCCUGGCGCGUCUAGCCAGGUGGGAAAAGCAGGUGGAAGCUUGCCUGCGCCUAGAGCUGGGGCAGGCAGGCGGGAGGAGAGAGCUGACCACCAGGUGGCGCUGUGGGGCUGCAGCGAGCCGCAGGCUGGGGAAGCGGGAGCAGGAGGCCCGCUCUCCCACCAGGUGCUCACCCACCUGGACAGCAGCGCAGGUGCAGCAUCUCAGAGCAAAGAAGCAGAGAUGCGUCAGGACGCAGACCCAGCCAUUCAUCAUGGCGGGGAAAGCCGAGAGGAGCCAGAGGGCCCGGGAAAACAGGCGUUGAAUAGUGGGUUUUUAAAAUGUUAUUUUGUCUGUGGAAUCUCUCCAAGAAGUAGGGACGUCCAUCCGAAUCCAGCAGAGCCGGAAGAAGAGGAUGAAGAUGUCCAGGCUGAACGAGUGGGCACGGCAAAUGCAUUCUCUACUCUCAACUUGGAGGAGAAACCCAUCAUCAUAGCAAGCUGCUUAUAGAAAGAUUAUAAAGAAAGAAAGAAAAAUUGCUUUUGAACAAGUUAAAAGAACACAGCUAUUAGAAAUGUUUCCUUCUGUGUUAAAAAAGGUGAAGUCCUGGGACUGUUGGGACACAGUGGAGCCGGAAAAAGCAAAUGUAUUAAAAUGUUAACCGGGAUAAAAAAGCCAACAGCAGGGACGGUGGUUUUACCUGGCAGGAGAGCGUUGGGGAGGCCACAAGGUGAAAAUGACCUCAGGUUUCUGGGAUACUACCCUCAGGAGAAUGCCCUGUGGCCCAGCCUUACGAUAGAAGAACAUUUGGAGUUGUAUGCCGCUGUGAAAGGCCUAGCCAAGGAGAACACUGAAUUGGUGGAUGCGUUCAAGCUGCGGAACCAGCUAAAGAUGCCUGAGAAGACCUUAUCGGAGGGUUUAAAGAGGAAGGUGCGUAUGCUUCUGCUGAGCAUCCUGGGGGGCCCGGCGGUGAUGCUGCUGGACGAGCCGACCACGGGGAUGGACCCUGAAGGGCAGCAGCAGAUGUGGUGA